CUUAAAGCCCAAAUAUAAUUCUUUAAGGUUUCAGUUAAGGUUUGUUUUUCAGUUUGAGAUAAAAUGUUUUCAUCAAGUAACCUCGUUAUUUAUUUGAUCCUGGCCCACGGCUUCCUCGCUAAAACAACUUUGGUCCUGUGUGCCGGCCAAGCUUCCUCUUUGACGGUACAACAACUGCAAAGUAGCGUCUCCAACUUGCAGGCGAAACUAAAUUCCGCUAACAAAGAGAUACUCGAUCUAAAAUUGAAACAAGUCAGCCACACCUCCUGCGACUUGGUGAAGGACGUCUCAAAAAAUAUGCUAAAUUUACUCACUGCUCGUCUCGCCGUGGAAAUGGCUGCACAAAAGAGGGUCGUUCACAUUGCGAAAACGCAUCCGUCCUGUCGAAUUACUCAAAUUGUUACCACCACGACGACGACCACUACCAGUGCACCUGUCACAACCACGCACGACUAUUACGCUGGCUACUAUGAUAGUUAUGAGCGCUAAUGAGAUUGAUUUGACCAUUUAUUAAGGGGCCAUCCACAUAUUAUGUCAUCAAAAAAAAUGUAUAUUUUAGCACCCACCCAUGCAGCGGAUACAUAGAGGGAUUAGGAAUUUUAAAAUGGGGAAGAUAGGAAGACCUAAGCUACUCACUCAAUAAAAUGAUGACGUAAUAUAUGGACGUUCCCAAAACAAAUAUGAUGGCUGGAUACAGCAGGCAGGCACAUAGUUAAAUGUAUAUAUUUAGCUUGACAUAAAUACAUACGCAUUUUACCCUAUC